UUGAUUUCGAAUUCGUCAUGUCAAAACCAGAUCAACUUGUGAAUGGUAAAGGUACCGAGUUUGGGAAACUUGGAAGCUUUGAUACCCAUAUUUACGACACAGAGGAGCCGGAAAAUUAUGUGAGCGAAAUACCUCCAGAUAAUUUGGCCAGUGAUUCAGAAGAAGACUCACCCAAAGCAAGUCCACCCCGAAGUCGUUUCGGUCCCAGUAAGGAAUUCCUGGAAGAAGCAGCUGAGGCAGAGAUAGAGGAGGAUGAAGACCCUUUUAAAGAUACUAGAAGAAAGUCUAUCGUAGAACGGGAGAAUGAGUACCAGUCUAAAGCACGUUCCAGAGGUGUCUUAAGUAGGGAUAUUUUAAGAGUAGAAGACUCAUAUGUGUCACAAAUGAAGAGUAGGCUAGAGGAAGAAAAAGGGACAACCAUAUAUGAAAAACAAGGAAAGAUGGAAGAGAACCACAACAAAGGACAGCUCUCGUCUUGCUCCAAUGUUUCUUCGAGUUCUGUCGGUUUGAAGCGACAACGCUGGGACGAAGAUGGAACGAUUUCAAUUGAGAAUUCAAAGGCGGCAAACAGUUUGAGUGUCUCUAGAUGGGACCAAACGCCUUUAGACAUUCCGUCAGGUGGCCAACGCCGUUCAAGGUGGGAUCAAACUCCCGAUGUGGCAGCCUUAAGUGGCUUAAAGGACCAGAAAACACCGUUAUGGACACCAUCUAUUCAGGGUAUGGAAACACCACGUCUCUAUGAUCCAGCAAUGACGCCAGAAGUGUACAAUCAAGUUCGAUGGCAGAAGGAAAUGGAGGAAAGGAACCGACCAUUUAGUAACGAAGAACUUGACGAGCUUUUGCCAAAGGAAGGCUAUGAAAUUCUUCAACCUCCGCCCAACUAUAUCCCCAUUCGCACUCCAGCUAGAAAGCUUGUAUCUACUCCCACUUCGGAUAGUGCAAGUGGUUAUAGAAUUCCUAAUGAAAGCGUUGUACAGAAGACUUCAAUAGGUGCCGCACCUAAGACUCCAGAAGAGCUUGAAGGUGUUAUGAUAAAACCAGAAGAUUAUGAAUAUUUUUCAAAGAUUUUUUCUGGUGAAGACGAGUCUGAGCUACCAUUAGAAGAGCAAAAGGAACGUAGGAUUAUGACUUUGUUGUUGAAAAUCAAAAAUGGUACACCUCCCAUACGGAAGUCAGCUCUACGAAUGAUAACGGAACGUGCUAGAGAGUUUGGUCCCGGGCCCUUAUUCAAUCAAAUACUCCCCUUAUUAAUGUCUCCGACAUUGGAAGAUCAAGAGCGUCAUUUGUUGGUGAAGGUCAUUGAUAGAGUAUUAUUUAAAUUGGACGAUGCUGUUCGUCCUUAUGUACAUAAAAUUCUCGUUGUUAUUGAGCCUCUGUUGAUUGAUGAGGAUUACUAUGCAAGAGUAGAAGGCCGCGAAAUAAUUUCCAAUUUGGCUAAAGCAGCUGGACUUGCCACUAUGAUUGCUACGAUGAGACCUGAUAUUGAUAAUCCUGAUGAAUACGUACGAAAUACGACGUCAAGAGCAUUUGCUGUUGUUGCAUCAGCUCUUGGUAUCCCAGCACUUUUGCCGUUUCUUCGCGCUGUCUGUCGUAGCAGAAAGAGUUGGCAGGCAAGACAUACUGGAAUGAAAAUCGUGCAGCAGAUUGCGAUUCUUAUGGGCUGUGCUGUUUUACCACAUUUGCGUUCAUUAGUUGAAAUUAUUGAAGAUGGUCUAUUAGAUGAACAAACCAAGAUUCGAACCAUAUGCGCACUUGCUAUUGGAGCUCUUGCUGAGGCUUCUUCUCCAUAUGGUAUUGAAGCAUUUGAUUCUGUUUUGAAACCAUUAUGGAAAGGCAUUCGUCAACAUAAAGGAAAGACACUUGCCGCAUUUCUUAAAGCAAUAGGCUUUAUAAUUCCACUGAUGGAUGCAGAAUAUGCGUCAUAUUAUACAAAGGAAGUAAUGCCUGUUAUUAUUCGAGAGUUUCAGUCUCCAGAUGAUGAAAUGAAAAAAAUAGUGUUAAAAGUCGUGAAACAAUGUAUUGCAUGCGAUGGUGUAGAGGCUUCCUAUGUCAAGACGGAGAUUAUACCAGAGUUCUUCCGUUGUUUUUGGGUCCGUCGAAUGGCUCUUGACCGUCGAAACUAUAGACAACUGGUAGAUAGUACAGUGGAGAUUGCAAAGAAAGUGGGUGCUGCUGAGGUCAUUAUCAGAUUGAUUGAUGACUUGAAAGAUGAGUCAGAACCAUAUCGUCGAAUGGUGAUGGAAACGAUUGAAAAUAUUGUAAAUGCCAUGGGAACCUCGGAGAUCGACUUGAAGUUGGAAGAAAGACUUGUUGAUGGUUUGCUAUAUGCCUUUCAAGAACAGACCGGAGUAGAUGAUGGCACAGUUAUUCUAAGUGGUAUGGGCACCAUCAUCAACGCUCUUGGACUGAGAGCGAAAUCUUAUUUACCACAAAUAGCCGGUAUUAUAAAAUGGCGUCUUAAUAAUAAGAGUGCAAAAGUUCGUCAACAAGCAGCAGAUUUAAUUUUUCAUAUUGCACCAGUAAUGAAGAAAUGCAGGGAAGAGUCAUUACUUAGUCAUCUAGGUCUCGUUCUUUUCGAAUACUUGGGUGAAGAGUAUCCAGAUGUACUAGGUUCGAUUUUAGGUGGAUUAAUUGGUAUUGUUAAUGUCAUUGGAAUGGAAAAUAUGAAUCCUCCUAUUAGUGAACUUCUUCCACGCUUGACGCCAAUAUUGAAGAACAGACAUGAAAAGGUACAGGAGAAUUGCAUUGACUUGGUGGGACGAAUAGCAGACAGAGGAGCUCAGUAUGUUUCAUCGCGCGAAUGGAUGAGGAUAUGUUUUGAGCUCUUAGAAUUAUUGAAAGCACCAAAGAAAGCAAUUCGUCGUGCAACAGUGAAUACUUUUGGAUACAUUGCAAAGGCUAUAGGACCUCAGGAUGUACUGGCAACUUUGUUGAACAAUCUCAAAGUACAAGAACGUCAACAGAGAGUAUGUACAACGGUUGCUAUUGCUAUAGUUGCGGAGACUUGUGGACCUUUUACAGUUAUUCCUGCAUUGAUGAAUGAAUAUCGUACUCCUGAAUUGAAUGUUCAGAAUGGCGUUCUCAAGUCCAUGUCUUUUCUUUUUGAGUAUGUUGGUGAAAUGGGGAAAGAUUAUGUUUAUGCGGUUACACCAUUAUUGGUCGAUGCUCUGAUAGACCGAGACUUGGUACAUCGUCAAACUGCAAGCACCACAGUGGGUCACAUAGCCCUUGGUGUAGCAGGCUUAGGUUGCGAAGAUGCUGUUACUCAUCUGCUGAACCAUGUCUGGCCUAACAUUUUUGAGACUUCCCCUCAUGUUAUCAACGCCGUGAUGUUUGCAAUUCAGGGUUGUCAAGUAUGUCUUGGACCCGGUUUGAUUCUCUAUUACAGUUUACAAGGUUUGUUUCAUCCUGCUCGAAAAGUACGUGAAGUGUACUGGAAAAUUUACAACAAUCUCUACAUAUAUGCCCAAGAUUCAUUGACUGCAUUUUAUCCAAGAAUUGAAAUUGAUAGUGACCAAAAGGGUAAUUAUUGUCGCCCUGAAUUGGAUUUGGUUUUGUGACGAUAAAGAACAGUAUCUAUAUUACUGGCAGGUUAUGUCCUUUUAG